UCUCUACACAUUCUUUCAUACCCCUUCUUGUCCUCUCUCGUUGAGCGUGUGUGUGCGUUCCUUUCUUCCUGCACGGAUCAUCCUAGUUGAGAGGCAGAUCGAGAGAGAGAAGAAAGAAAAAAGGAAGCGAGCGAGCUCGAGAGGGGAGUUUUAAUCGGGAGGGAGGGGAGAGUCUAAACUUCCUGGAGAGUACUGCAACACUAUCUCCUGGAAGUUUAAUCCCCCCGUGAUAUCCGGAAGACUCUACUUCAUUACAGUAGAGUACCACCACUGUCAUCACGGAAACUACCUCAGCCAGAUUCUAAGGAAGAACUUCACGGGGAAACGGGCCAAGUUCCCAGAAGACGAAGACGAACUCUCGAUAGAAGAAGAAGAAGAAGAAUCUUUUAGCUACGAGAAGGGAGCGAGCGAGCGAGCGAGCGAGCGAGGCUUGGAGUUUUAAUCUUCUCAGCGUGGGGGAAUUAGUUUUAAGUUAAGAUUAAAGCAAAGCUUCUAGAGAGGAGCGAGCGAGAGAGGUCUGAAGAGCUAGUUGGCUAUGGCGGAAGAUGAUGAUAUAGCAGGUUUGUAGCUCCUGGAGGCCAUACUAAGCUAGGAACACACAUAGGCUCCACUCGACAAAGGAGACACAAACACACACACUCUCUAUACACUUUUCUGGGAGAAUCUCACUUCUCUUUCUCUCUCUCUCACUCAUUCUCUCUGUGUUCUUUGUUUCUUCUUCCUAUUUGCUUCCAAGUUUGCGAUUUCUUGUGGAUGAAUUUCUGGGACGAAUUUCCUUCUAUCCUGUCUGGUUAAGUUGUUGGGCAGCCAGGACGUUGUCUUGAUUCCAUUCUCUCUUUCUCUUCUCUCUCCCCUUGUCACACUUUCUUUUUGUUUGGCCCCUGGAGAGGCCGUGCUCUCGAGAGCGCGAGGAGAAAAGUGGCAGCGAGCGACAAAAGAGAUGGAAUCUGUGAGCUCAGGGCGCGAGUAGCACAGCGAAAGCUCGUUUCGGAUCAAGGGGCAGCGGCCGCUUUGGUUUCAAUAAUGCUGGAAUCUAAGAGAUGACGACCAGGAUGAUCUUAGAAAGUUACCACGGGAGUAGCAGUAGCUGGUAGGAGGAGAAAACAUGAAAAGGACGAGUCGAAGUUCUCGCUGCUCUUUCUUUUUUCCCGGCAGUGUGUGGACGACGCUAUGGCAGCACGGAGUUUACGGCCAACUCGAUUUCUCGUGUGCUCGUCAGCCAUGAUUCCUGAAGAGAUUUGCUUUACGAGCUAUCAUCCACCAGGAAGAGAAAGAUCCCGCGAAGCUGGAGCAAUGUGGCUGGGAGUAAUCCAAUUGCCAUGGUAGCCGCGGAGGAAGCAAACAAUCCCGAGCAAAUGGAUCGGCAAUAGUUAUCGCAUAGUUCCUGUAGAGCUAGUACCAGGAAGAACGAACACGCAAGAGGAGAGAGCAACAGUGAUGGCCGAGGAGGCGAAUUAGCGCUGGAAACAAGGAAGCCAAGGGAUCGAUCGAUCGGCCUCGAGACUGGCGUUAGUAGUAAGUGCCAUGAAUCCUUCGGGAACAGCGGCGGCAGCGGCUGGAGGAUCUGGUCUGCCGCUCUGGGCUGCCGCUGCUGGAGGAGGCGGAGGAGGAGGAGGAUCCAGCGAUCACCACCACCAGCAGAGCUCCUGGGAUCUCACGAUGCAUCCCUUCGCAUCGAAUCAUCAAAACCACUACCACCAAGAUCACCACCACCACCACCAGCUCUCCGCGGCUCCCUCCUCCAACAGCGCCGCUCACCACCACCACCACCACCAUUCUUCCAAGACGAACAGCAGCGCUGGCGGCGAUCAGUGGGAGAUAUCUCCAUGGGAUCAGUCGAGCACCACCACCACUAGCACGAGCAAUCUCUUCUAUCAGCAGCAGCAGCAGCACCACCAGCAGCAGCAAGGCCACGAGCUCAAGCCGCUAAUUCUCUCCAGGCCCAGCUCUUACUCCUCCACCUCUUCCUCCUCCUCGCAGCACGGUGGCGGCCUCGUCUUUCCCAGCAGCUAUGGCGGCGGUGCCGGCGGCGCUGGUGGCUUCCCAGGCGGCACUUUCCCACCCUCGGGCGGUGGCGGUGGCGGUAGCGGCGGUGGUAGCGGCGGUACCACUGGCGGUGGCACCCACUUCCAGACGAUGCUCCAGCAGCAGCAGCAACGAUCGUCAACUUCCUCGUCCACGAAUCCCAUGACACUAGCGCUGCUCCAGCAGCAGCAGCAGCAAAACGGGAUCCUUGGCAGCGCCACCGCGCUCGACGUCCCGGAUCAUCAGCUCCACCACCACCACCACCAAGAACAUCAGCAGCAGCAGGAUUUGCGAACUUUCGAGCAAAGGCGCAGCUUCUUCGGCCUCAUGGACGUGGAGUCGACCGAUCAGCAACACCAGCAGCAGCAGCAUGCCGCGCAGCAGCGAUCCAGCUCCGGGAACUUGGGAGCUCUAGGUGGGUUGUGGAAUUACAUCAAGCGCGAAGAACAACACCAUAGCCACCACCACCAGCAGCAGCAGCACUACCAGUUCUUGGGUCACCACCACCAUUCGAGCAGCCAUAGCCAGUACGAUCAGCAGCAGCAGAUGAACGAGUGGCUGCAUGGGAGGAUUGGAUUGAACCUCGGGGGGCGGACUUACUUCUCGGCCGAGGACUCGCUGAUUGCGCGGUUUGGCAAGCGGCCGCGGCUCAACGGGCCGUCGGUUCACGUCCCCCGCUGCCAGGCCGAGGGGUGCACCGCGGACUUGAGCAAGGCCAAGCACUACCAUCGCCGCCACAAGGUGUGCGAGCUCCACUCCAAGGCUCCAAACGUGAUCGCCAACAAUCAGACCCAGCGCUUCUGCCAACAAUGCAGCAGAUUCCACUUGCUAACCGAGUUCGACGACUCCAAGCGGAGCUGCCGGAAGCGGCUGGCCGAUCACAACCGGCGGAGGCGGAAGCCGCAGCCAACGAGCACCACCACAACCGCCAGCGCCAGCGCCGCCGCCGCCGCCGCUUCGACUUCCACCGCCGGUGACUCCGCCGCUGGAAAGUCUGAGUCCCACGAAGGAGGAGGCGGGGGCGGCGGCUCGGAAGCAACACACUCUAGCGGUGCCGACACGAAGCCCAGCGCGCUGCUCCCCAAGAGCAGCAGCUCGCCGUCGGCAUCCCGGGACGACUCGGAGGCGAGCAAAGUGAGCUACAGCGCCACAAACUCGAUCAAGAACCUGGUGCCGGCAGCGUCCACCGUGACGAACUCCACCACCACCUGCACGACUAACAACACUGGCAACAACAUUACCACCGCCGCCGCCGCCAACAAUUUGAUCCUGGGAUCGUCACCACCACCACCGUCUAACAACGGCGAUCACGCCUUGGGCUCGCCAGCGUCCGACUCGGGAGGACUCCUCUCAACCCUAACAACACAGCACAACCGGCUCUUCUCGCUCUACACCAGAUUGGUCUAGAAUUAGGGCUUUGGGCCAAGGGAGCCCUAAAAGAACAAAACUGGAUAUUCCACCGCUCGUCAAACGCAAA